UCAGAACAGUAACUGUUUGUGAAAAUGCCAAAGAGAAAAAAGUCCUACUUGGUCCAUAACCCCAAUAACCAAACCACAACCCCAAGAAGGUCACCGAGGUUACUCCUCCUCCUCCUCCCCCAAAACAAAAACAACCACAACAGUCCCACAGCGCUCAACCCCGAAUCCGCGAAGAAAUCCAACGAUGAUUCCACGAAGAAAUCAUUGGUCGUCGAAUCCAGAAACAGAAACUGCACUGUUGGGUCGAGAAGAUCUCCCAGGUUGAACUUGAACAAUGGAGGGGUCGUUGGGUUUUCCUCUCUUAGACGAUCUCCCAGGUUGUCCAAUCACAAAGUUCCCCACCCCACGGCCACGGGAAUGAGCAAAUGGAUAAUAAGAAAUCAAGUAACUCUGAUGAUGAAUUUUUUUCCUGUGAUUCUGGGAAAUCAAGGAGAGUGACGAAAGAAAGUUCCAUAGUUACUGAUGAGGGACCUGCGGUUGAAGAAAGUAGAGGUGGACGAGGAAAAGGGGGGAAGGCGAGAAAUGGAGACAGGAUUGAAGUUGGAGUGAAGAGAAAGCGAGGUGGUGGCAAAGAAAUUAUUGCCAAAGGGUGGACAAAAGAACAAGAAUUGGCUCUGCAAACAGCAUAUUUCACUGCAAAGCCCUGCCCCUAUUUCUGGAAGAACGUUUCUAAACUGGUGCCUGGAAAAUCCCAACAAGAGUGCUUUGAUAGAAUUCACCGUGACCAUAUAACACCGCCUCCAUCUCAGCCUCGGUCAAGGGCAAAGACAAUUAAGUCAACACCCCUUCAUAAAUUCUCAAUAUCUGCAAGUAAACUGCUCAAACCUAUUCAUAAGACGGUUAGAAGAUCAAAUUUUCUCAAACUGAAGAACUACAUUACCCAAAAGUCCAUUGAGAAGCUGUUGCAUUGCCAUCUUAAAGUUGAUCAAGACCGUAAAGGGGACAUUUUUUCUGUUCUUGAACCCAACAUUGAUUUUUCUUCUAAUACUGUUCAGCCUAGCGAAGGACUUUCUACUCCAAAGCAGCUAAAGGAAAAUCAAGGGUUGCUGCAAAGUUGCACUGAAACAUCAUCCUCAAGCCAUAAGAAGCCCCUUUCAAGAUUUAGUAGCUUGUAUGUUACAAAUCUUGUUAGUCCCCCUGUACUAAAGCAAGUUAAAAACAGGGAAUUGCAUGAGAAAUAUAUCAAUCAGUUACGCUGUAGGGAAGCUAGGAGAAGAGCAUCCUUUGCACGGACACAAGUUCCCGUAAGUGGAAAAAUAAUUGGAGAAGGAAGCAGCAUUCAGACAAAGGAUGCAGUUAAAGCUGCAAAAGUUGCCUUGGUUUCUGAAGCUAGAGAAGCUAUCACUAAAUUUCAACAGUCACAAGUCAAUUUCAUGGGCGACUCAUAUAAUUCUGAUGAUGACAAUGAUGAUUGCAUUGGAGUUGAAGAUGAAAGUCAAUAGGUUUUUCUCAAGUUAAUUGAGUGAAAUAUAAUUGACAAAUUGCAUGUAUAGUAGUUUGACUUGAAGUUUUAGACGCUGUAGCCUAGUCAAAAUCUAAUUUUUCGAAAAACCAAGAUUUUGUAGUAAAUUU